UCUGUGUAUUUUUUUAUUUGUGGAUUUGAGACACCAGCGCAAACACUGCGGCUGGGGGGAAAAACACUCCAAUCAAAGGCGUUGUGUCAAUAUUUAAAUUUCAUGUAAUUAUCGAUUUGCACCAACAGAAAUGUCAGGCUUUGUGGUUUUUGCGCUGGUAUCGUCAUUGUCCGCGAUGGUGCCGUGUCUGGGCUCUCCUCCUCCGUCAGUAGCGGCGGCGCCUCAGCCCUGCCUCGCGCCGUUACAGUGGGAGGGUCGGACCGUUCAAUAUGACCACGGCACGGGACGAAACACACGGGCAGCGGUCUCCUAUGAUGCACAGAGUCAGCGAAUUAGGGUUCUGGAGCAGAAGACAGGACACACACCUUGUAAAAAGUUCUUUGAGUACAUCUACUUGUUCAAGAGUGGAGUGCUUUUCCAGAUUGAGGAAAUUACCAAGCAGUGUGCAAAGAUCGCUCUGACGGAGGCCUGGGACCCUUAUGAUAUACCCCUGAACUCCACAUAUGAGGACCAGUACUUCAUUGGAGGACCUGGAGACAUGAUUGAAGUUCAAGAAUGGUCUGAUCGAAAACCGGCCCGCAAAAAUGAAGCUUGGGUUGGUGUGUACACUUUGAAGGACUGCUAUCCUGUACAGGAGACAUACGCAAAGAACAGUAGCUUGACCAUGUCCACUCGCUUCUUUGACCUUCAGCUGGGCAUCAGUGACCCUGAGGUGUUCAACCCACCCAGCACCUGCCAGUCAGCACUGUCUGAGAAGAUGACAUCCGACUGCUGA